AGAACAUACUGUUGUUUUUAAUAGACCUUGGCAAUACUUUUACCAUUUUAAAACUGUCCAGAAAUGCAAAUUUUUCUUAUUUGCAAAGUACAGGAAACAUUUCUUAUGAUGUGGUGGCUUCUGCCGCUUCUAUGAGUACACUCAAAGUCUUGAGAAACUUGAGAAUCAAUAGAGACUAUGUCUCUUCUCUCUUUUAUUCAAUUUUUUCCCUCAAGGCGUGUUCAUGUUCAAUACAUUUCAUACAUUGAGUUCAAUGUUUCUCAAUUCUCUUACUUUUUUUGACUGUCAUUUUUUCCUUCAUUACUUGCCCGUUUUGAUCACUUUCGCUGAAACUUUCCUGCAUGGGCUCGUUAGAUAAACUGAACAUCCAGUCUGUGUUCUCUCUCUCACGGUUCUCAACGGCCUGACGCCGAUUUAACACGUUGAAUCUGGCAAGCUAUGAGUUCCAACGAGCGGAACACGGCAAACAAACUAGCCAGGUAGAUUUUCAUGUCGUGGCAAGAUUGAGCACAGCAACAAGACACAAGGUAGUUAUACUGCAUCAACAAGAUCUCUCCCAGACAAAGAUUUCAAAGCAAACUGGGGUUUCAAGAUGUGCUGUUCAAGCUCUUUUGAAGAAGCACAAAGGAAACUGGCAACAGUGAGGAUCGUAGACGCAGUGGUCGGCCAAGGAAAGAUGAAAGACACAUCAAGCUUAUUAUCCUUUGAAAUCGGAAGACGUCAAGCAGUGCCAUCAGCUCAGAACUAGCAGGAACCAGUGGGACCCAGGUACAACCAUCUACUGUCUAGAGAAGUCUGGCCAGAAGUGGUCUUCAUGGAUGACAGCGGGCAGCCAUUUUUGCUGUGGUAACCAGCGAGUAGAUGGGGGUUUGAGAUCAGCUCAAAGGAUGCAAAAAUUAAUUGAGGAUGAAUUACAAGAAAGACAUGAACUUGAACAAUGCAAGAGGGAUUUAGAGAACUUACAAGCAAGUGAAUAUCAAUGUAAAGAGGAGCUGAAACAAACAAGACAGGAACUUGAUCAAUGCAAGAAGGAUUUAGAGCGCUUCCAAGCAAGGAUGGCUUUUGAGGCAUCUGUCGACAUGGGAAGCAGCGGAGCUUCAUGUGAGGACAUUAAUAAUCCUUGCAGAGAAUCAGAGCUAAGGAAGAUGUAUGAUAAAUUGAGACUACAAAAGUUGUCAAAGCAUAUAAUGGACAUAAAAAUGAAAUCAAAGAAAGACAAAACCAUAAGUGAAACAAAUGAAAAGGAAAGGCUUAAAGCAAUGCUGAAGGAAAUUUUCGAUAAAGCUCAACAAGACAUGAGUAAAAAGAAAGAAGAUUUUUUAUUCUUUUUCCAAGUUGACCUUAAAAAAGAGGAAGGUGAAAAAGGGGAGUUAAACAAAACAGAAAUCAAAAAUACGAGACUGCAAACAAAGCAACUUAAAUACAUUGAAUUGGCUAUCCAAAAUAUUCAAAUGAUAAUGUUUCACGAAGAGGCUAGAGACCUCCAGACCAUGUACAAGCAACCUGACCCUCUGUGUGAGCUGGCUGAUGAAUGUUACAAGGUCGGCUGCCUGCUGGCUUUACACAAUCCACCUCUGCUGCUCGACUGGGAGAAAAAAGAGCCGUCAGAUUACCUGCCACCAAUUACGAUGGAAGACACAUCUGCAAAGACAGCUCUGUAGAUUUAAAAUCCAGCAUUAGAGAGAUUAGAGACCUCAUGUAAAGAUUGAUUUAGAUUCUAUACAUUUUAUACUUAAUAAACCAAUAGUCACUACUUUUAAUGUGAAUGGUUAGGGGUUGGAAAGCAUUCUAAUUUUGUCGCAACUUUUGCUUAGUAAAUAAUGAAAAAAAUCGGCAUUCAAAAUCAUGUUCCUGCAUGACAUUCAGUCAGAUAUGCUUAUUUCUUAAGACUGGCUUCGCCCCAAUUUGGCCACCUGAGACCAAUUUUCAAAAUCAUCUAAUCCUGGGCUAAAAUCUGUAUUCUUUGAUCGAUUCACUGUUUUUA